AUGGACUAUCAUUCCUGUCCACAAGGACACAUUGAAACAGUGAUCUUAGAAAGAGAGGAGGAGGCAAAGAGUUCUCUAGAGAAUGUUCGCCUAUUAAAAGGAAUGAUAAGUCAAAAUUCUGUGAGGGUGAUUUCUCGAGAGGCUGAAGUAAUAAAUGAUGAAAUGCUUCAAAGGAAAAGUUCUACAUUCUCCAUUAUACACCAUUCAAUGAGACUUUCAGACUUCCACAUGGAAACUUCCAGACUUCAACACCAUAAUAUGAAACAAGAAAAUGCUUCAGAAUUUUCAGGAUUUAUUCUUAUGGGAUUUUCAGAGGAACCAGAAAUGCAGCCCCUCAUCUUUAUGUUUUUUCUCUCCAUGUACCUGACCGCUGUUUUGGGGAACCUGCUGAUCAUCCUGGCUGUCAGCUCAGACCCCCACCUCCACACCCCCAUGUACUUCUUCCUGUCCAACCUGUCCUUUGUGGACAUCUGCUUCACCACCACCACCGUCCCAAAGUUGCUGGUAAACAUUCAGAUCCACAGCAAAAUCAUCACCUAUGAGGGCUGUAUCACACAGUUGUACUUUUUCAUAGUCUUUGUGUCCAUGGAUAUCUUACUCCUGACGGUGAUGGCCUAUGACCGCUUUGUGGCCAUCUGCCAUCCCCUGCACUACACGGUCAUCAUGAACCCUCAAUUCUGUCGACUGCUGGUUCUUGCAUCUUGGAUCUCCAGCCCCCUGAUUGCGUUGUUACACAGCUUAUUGGUGCUGCGAUUGAUGAGUCCAGGAAAUGAUUCAUCCAUUUCUGAAUUUCUCCUUCACGGUUUUUCAGAAGAACCCACACUUCAGACUCUCCUAUUUGUGAUUUUUCUCUCCAUGUACGUGGUCGCUGUGUUGGGGAACCUACUUAUCAUUGUGAUUAUCCUCGCAGACCCCCACCUCCACACCCCCAUGUACUUCUUCCUUUCCAACUUGUCCUUGGUCGACAUCUGCUUCACCUCUACCACGGUCCCCAAGCUACUGGUAAACGUCCAGACGCAGACCAAAGCAAUCACCUACGCAGGCUGCAUUGCCCAGAUGUACUUUGUCGUACACUUCUCUGUGUUGGACAUCUUACUCUUGACAGUGAUGGCCUAUGACCGUUAUGUGGCCAUCUGCCAUCCCCUCCACUACACUGUCAUCAUGAAUCCCCGGCUAUGUGCUCAGGUGGUGUUGGUGUUCUGGUUCUCAAGCGCCCUGCAUGCCUUGUUGCACAGCUUACUUUUGUUGCAAUUGUCCUUUUGCUCUGACUUGGAAAUCCCUCACUUUUUCUGUGAACUCAAACUGAUGGUCGAAGUCGCCUGCUCCGACAACUUCAUCAAUAGCGUGGUGAUUUACUUUGCAGCGGUGCUUGUGGGUUGUGGUAGUUUCGCUGGGAUUCUUUACUCCUACUGUAAGAUUGUUGCUUCCAUCCGUAGAAUCUCCUCAGCUGAGGGCAAGUUCAAAGCCUUUUCUACCUGUGCAUCUCACCUCUCUGUGGUUUUCUUAUUUUAUUGCACAAUCUUGGGAAUUUACCUGAACUCCGCUGCCCCCCACAGCUCACAGGGAAGUCCAACAGCUUCAGUGAUGUAUGCUGUGGUUGCACCUAUGCUGAACCCCUUCAUCUACAGCUUAAGAAAUCAAGAUAUUAAGAGAGCCCUGAGAGUAUUCGUUGUGAGAGGAGUUAUAAAAGGACGGUUGUCCUCAGACUGA